AUGCCCGUCCGCCUCGUCCUCUUCGACGCCCUCCACACUCUCCUCACUCCUCGCCUCCCCAUCUACCUCCAGUAUGCCCACACCUUCGAGCCCUUCCUCGGCUCCCUCGACCCUGCCACACUCAAGACGUCCUUCAAGUCCGCGCUGAAGCAGCUGCAGGCCGAGAAGCCGGUGUACGAGAGCGGCGCACGCGAGUGGUGGGCCGAGGUCAUCCGGCGCACGGCCGUCGGCGCAGGCGCAGAUCCUCCCACCGUAGAUCGCUCCCUGCCGCAAAUCGUCCCCCGCCUCCUCCACCGCUUCGCCUCCCGCGAGGGAUACAUGCUCUUUCCCGAUACCCUCCCUGCCCGUGCGUUCCCCGUCAUCCUUCUCUCCGCGCCCCGCUCACCCCCAACAUUGCGCCGCGUUUCGCCAAUAGUGAAGAGCCUCAGGGCUGCCGGUGUCUUCACCGGUGUCAUCAGCAACACCGAUACCCGUAUGCGCGCCGUGCUCGACGAUCUCGACGCGACACGGCACCUCAACAUUGUCCUCUUGAGCGAAGAGGAGGGAAUCGAAAAGCCCGCCCCCGAGAUCUUCCUCCGCGCGUGCACACGCAUCGGCCUCCGCCCAGCGGAGGCAUUGCACGUCGGCGACGAACUCAAAGCUGACUACUACGGUGCGCAAGCAAGCGGACUCGCCGCCCUGCUGCUUCGCCGGCCGGGCGCAGAAGGCGAAGGCGAGAUGAAAGAUGCGGAUGAGAACCUGUCUGCAGUCGAGAUCGUCUCGGGCUUGGCGGACGUUGUCGAUUGGGUGCACCGCAGGAAUGCGUCUUUGUAG